AGUGUUGUUGUAUUAGUUUAACAGAGUAGUUCACAGUUGAGACUUGAGACAAUCGUUAUAAAUAGUUAAUGCAUAGAUCGAUUCGGUCAUGCGUUUGUUUAUAUUACUUGUAACCACAUUAGUUUGUGUGGCUGCAAACAAUGACGCUCAGUAUAUGAACGUGAAAUCUGUAAAAGGUCAUAGUGGCUAUCGACAGUAUAAUCCGGGUGCAAAAUUACCUAACUUUUACGGAAAUGGAACACAAGGUUACGGAAGUUAUUACGGCAGCCAAAAUAAAACUCAACAAGGAUACAAUACAUCAUAUCAAAGGGAUUAUGAAAUUGGAGUGUGUUACAUAGAAGUACCGACCGCCAAUUUAGUUCACGACCAAGCACAUGUGCCUCGUGGUAAUGGUUCCCGCCCAGAUCUAAGUCGGGUUCGGUCCUGCUGCAAAGGAUAUAUAAGGAAUAUUCACAACUUCAGAAUUUGUGACCCAGUGUGCACUCAGGAAUGUGUUAAUGCCCUUUGCACUGGGCCAGACACAUGUACCUGCUUCCCAGACCACGUGAAAAACCUAGCUGGUUUCUGUAUCCCGACUUGCCCUAUCGGAUGUCAAAACGGACAUUGCAGUGGAGGAGAAUGCCUCUGUAAAGAAGGCUUCAAAUUAGAUUCGGAUAGUAAAUACUGCCUACCAAACUGUAGAGAAAACUGCGGUGGAAUCGGGAACUGCACUGCGCCCAAUACCUGUGAAUGCAAUAAAGGAUAUCAGUCCAGUCCAGAUGGCAACUGCAAACCAGUAUGUGAUAAAUGCGUAAAUGGAGACUGUGUCGCUCCCAAUGAAUGCAGGUGCUCACAAGGUUUCAGAAAAGAUCAACAGGGACUAUGUGUUCCACAAUGUACUGAUAACUGUGCGCCGAAUGGAAAAUGUGUUGCCCCGGGCAGAUGUGAAUUUCCUGAAAUUAAAACGACUACCGUAAUAUCGCCUCCUUCUCAACAACCGUAUAUUCCGUUGUAUCCUGGAAAUCAGGUUGGUCCCGGUAACCAGGGAAGACCAAUAAAUAACACAGGAAGUGUUAAUCCAAGGCAGCUAGGACCUAAUUACUAUCCUGGCCAGCCCGGACAAGUACAACCAGGAAACGAAGGUUACCCUGGAUAUCCUAAUCAAAGAUAUCCCGGAUAUCAGUAUCCCGGGAAUCAAGGAUACCCUGGAAAUCAAGGGUAUCCCGGAGGUCAAAGAUACCCUGGUAACCAGAAUAUUCCAGGAAGCCAAGGUCUUCCUGGUAAUCAAGUUAAUCCUAGUGGCCAUGAAUAUCCUGGUACCCAAGUAAAUUCAGGAAGUACUGAUAAUCAAGUAAAUACAGGAAGCCAAGGAUAUUCUGGUCGUCAUACAUAUCCGGAAAGUCAUGGAUUAUCUGGGAACCAAGAAUAUCCAGGAAGCCACGGAUAUCCUGGAAACCAAAGAUAUCCAGGAAACAAUGGUAAUCCUGAUAAUCAAAAGUAUCCUGGUGGUCAAGGUUACCCAGGUAACCAAGAAAUAUCUGGAGGUCAAGGUUACACCGGAAGUCAAAUAUACACAGGGGGACAACAAGUCAAUUCCACUAGUCAGAGUUCAUACGGUCAGCAAGGCUCUUCAGGUUCGCAAGGUCAGACAGGGUACCAGAGCCAGUUAUAUCCUGAUAUUCAGCAAUAUAACCAAGAAUUCCAACCUCAAUGUUCACAACCCUGCAUUAAUGGAUUUUGCAUUGAAGGAAACAGAUGCCAAUGUAAUCGAGGUUACGUUUUGGAUAAUACUGAUGAAACUGAGACGAGGUGUAUUGCACACUGUCCUGGCGGCUGUCCCAAUGGUAUUUGCUCAGCUCCAAACUUUUGUAUUUGUAAUAUGGGAUAUUACAAAGAUACAAGCGUAAAAGGUCGACCACGGUGUGUGAAACGCAAUAAGAGAUCAGUAGCUGACGAGUUACCAAAUGUUGCGAAGCUGUUGGUGUUCGAUAUACCGGAAUAUGACGAAGCUUAACGCUGAGUGUAACUUUUUUACAAUUUUUUAUAAGAAACAAUAAUAAAUUUGUUGUAAAAUA